AUGCUUUUGAAGAAGCCUGUCAAGAGCACCCCCUUCCGCCAGGCAGCAGACCAAGUGCAAGCCAGCAUCGUCGCGUUGCGAUCGUUUAUUGACGAGAACAAGCGCGACUACGUAGCGGCGGCGGGGCGGUUCACUGCAGAGCAGAAGGACCGAAUUGAAGAGGAGGUGCUGCAGGUGGUGUCGAGCUGUCGCGCGCGGGUGGAGCAGCUCACGAACAGCAUCGUGGCGGCGCAGCAGCAGCGGGCGCCGAGCGGAAGGCCGGUGGUGAACGAGCAGACAGUCGCGCACCUUCACGGGGCAGUGCUGGUGCUGGUGGAGCAGCUGCACGUCGCGACCGCGGCCUUCGACCGCUGCCGGGCGGUGCGCAACGCGCAGCGGCUGGCUGAGGACAUGCGGAUGCAGCAGCGGCGGGCAACCAAUUACAAAGCAACAACGAGCGCCCAGCAUGCAAGUAGCAACAGCACCGGCAUCGGCCUGCCCGACGGCGGGGAGCAGCGGCAGGGGGCCGUGGAGUCUGGGGGCGGGCAGCUGCAGCAAACGAUGCACGACCAGGAGACACAGCGUUUGCUGGAGGACCUCAUGCGCAGCACGAAUCAAGUGGAGCGCGUCGAGCGCACGGUGCGCGACAUAACCACCAUGCAGCAGAUGAUAAGCACCGCGGUGAUGCAGCAGGCGGAGCAGAUAGAGCAGCUGUACGAUGUGGCGGUUGAGGCCACGGCGCACGUGCGGCGGGGGAACGAGGAGCUGCGCAAGACGAUCGCGGUCAACAGCAGCAGCACGCUGUAUAUAGUGGUGCUGCUGCUGACUGCGAGCGCGCUGCUGCUGCUGUUUGACUGGAUCAACAGCUGA